AUGUCCCGUCGCGUGAGCGCCCCCCGCGACCGGUGCUUGGAGCUGGAGCGCGUCAUCGCAGACCGAGCAAGGUCGGGAAGCCUUGGCGUCGACGACGCGCUCAAGCUGUUCGAUGAAUUGCUGCCCCACGCCAGGCCUGCCUCGGUUCGUGCUUUCAACCACCUGCUUACCGUUGUCGCUCGCGCCCGAUGCUCUUCAACCUCCGAGCUUGCCGUCUCCCUCUUCAAGCGGAUGGCCCGCGCCAGCUCCAACAAGGUGGCUCCUGACCUGUGCACAUACAGCAUCCUCAUUGGAUGCUUCGGUCGCAUGGGACACCUGGAGUAUUGUUUCGCCGCCUUUGGCCUCAUCCUUAAGACGGGCCAGAGGGUCAGUAACAUAGUCAUCAAUCAACUGCUCAACGGCCUCUGUGACGUGAAGAGGGUGGACGAGGCCAUGGACAUAUUGCUCCGACGAAUGCCUGAGUUUGGCUGCAUGGCGAAUGUAGUUUCCUACAACACGGUACUCAAGGGUUUAUGCAAUGAAAAGAGAGCUGAGGAGGCACUUGAGCUGCUGCACAUGAUGGCUGAUGAUGGACAUGGAAGCUGCACACCAAAUGUUGUGACAUACACCACGAUGAUUGAUGGCCUGUGCAAAGCUCAAGCUGUUGACAAGGCCGAGGGUGUUCUUCAGCAGAUGAUUGAUAAAGGUGUCGAGCCAAACGUCCAGACAUAUAACUGUCUGAUCCUUGGGUACCUCUCUACAGGACAAUGGAAAGAGGUGGUCCGAAUGCUCGAAGAAAUGUCCGCACGUGGUCUUCAGCCAGAUGUUGUUACUUAUAGUUUGCUGCUGGAUUAUCUCUGCAAAAAUGGAAAAUGCUCAGAGGCUUGGAAGAUUUUUGAUUCUAUGAUUAGGAAGGGCAUAAAACCAAAUGUAACUAUCUACAGCAUUCUUCUUCAUGGGUAUGCUGCUAAAGGAGCCCUUGCUGAUUUGCCUGAUCUCCUAGAUUUGAUGGUGGCAAAUGGUAUUUCACCUAAUCAUUACAUCUUCAACAUAGUGUUCUGUGCAUUUGCUAAAAAUGCAAUGAUAGAUGAGGCAAUUCAUAUACUUAGCAAAAUGAGGCAGCAUGGGUUGAGUCCUGAUGUAGUCACUUAUGGAACAUUAAUCGAUGCACUUUGCAAGUUGGGAAGAGUGGAUGAUGCUGUGCUUAAAUUCAAUGAGAUGAUCAACGAAGGAGUGACUCCAAACAUUGUUGUCUUUAGCUCCCUGGUUUAUGGACUAUGCACCGUUGACAGAUGGGAGAAGGCCGAGGAAUUAUUUUUUCAAAUGUUGGAUCAAGGAAUCCGUCCCGACGUUGUGUUCUUCAACACAAUAAUGUCUAAUUUAUGCAAAGAAGGACGGGUCAUGGAAGCCCAGAGUGUCAUUGACUGGAUGGAACGUGUGGGCGUGAGGCCUGAUGUUGUCUCAUAUAAUGCAUUAAUAGAUGGCCACUGCUUAGCUCGUAGAACUGAUGAAGCGGCAAAGUUACUUGAUGUUAUGCCCUCAGUUGGCUUGAAACCGAACAUUUUAUCCUAUAAUAUAUUGCUUCAUGGCUACUGUAAAGCUGGUCGGAUAGAUAAUGCAUAUUGUCUUUUCCGAGAAAUGUUGAGGAAGGGAGUUACGCCUGGAGCUGUGACUUACAAUACUAUAUUGCAAGGUUUAUUUCAGACAGGGAGAUUUUCUGAAGCAAAGGAACUCUACCUCAAUAUGAUUAAAAGUGAAAAACAGUGGGGCAUUUACACAUACAACAUAAUUCUAAAUGGGCUUUGCAAAAAUAAUUGUGUUGAUGAAGCAUUCAUAAUGUUCCAGUGUCUGUGUUCUAAGGAUCUUCGACCUAACAUUAUUACUUUCACCAUUAUGAUUGAUGCCUUGUUCAAAGGCGACAGAAAGAAAGAUGCCAUGGAUUUGUUCGCUGCUAUCCCUGCCCAUGGUUUAGUUCCGAAUGUGGUGACCUAUCGGUUAAUGAUGGAAAAUCUCAUACAAGAGGGGCUGCUUGAUGAGUUUGACAAUCUGUUUUUAUCAAUGGAAAAGUGUGGGUGCACUCCAAACUCACGCAUGCUAAAUGCUAUAGUUAGGAGGCUGUUGCAUGGAGGCGAGAUAGUGAGGGCUGGGGCUUACCUCUCCAAAAUUGAUGAAAUGAACUUCUCACUUGAGGCUUCCACUACAUCCUUGCUAAUAUCACUUUUCUCGAGGGAGGAAUAUAAGAACCUUGCAAAGUCCCUACCUGAAAAGUACCAUUUUCUUGAGGAGGUCAACAAGUGA